AUGAAAUGCCUCUAUUUCCUACCGCAGGUGGUGGAACAAUGUAUCGGAACUAAUGUCGCAAUGGCUUACAUAAUCAAACCGGACAAACUGUUCGAAAAGCACAAAGCAAAUAUGGCCAUUGGAAAGUUUAGCUACGAAAUUCAGCUGGUCUCGUUGGAAACUCUGUUCAGAGAGGUUGAUCCUAGUCAGCUGACAGCUGAACUUGAAGGCAGUUUGCCAUACCAUCACGAGGAAUGGAUUCAAAUUCGGUGUCGGCUGGAGGAAUUCUUCGUUUCUGCACACGAUAUGUCAGACAAAUUUGGCCAACUGUUCUGUUUUCUCGAACGUCGGUCGGAGCUGUGCACCGUGGUCGAGGCCAAACGAGCGCUAGAGGAGCACCGAUCCAUUCGUUUAAAGAUUGUCCAAGCUCCAGUAUCCGCAUUAGAAGCAGAAGCGGAUCGUCUGAUCACUUGGUUACGUUACGGUAUGGCUGCGGCCAACUCAUCCUCCUCAUCAUCUGUGAAUGCUUCCGGGUCUUCAGGUACACCAUCCUCUUAUCCGGUGGGUGCUGGUUCAGGAUCAACUGGCGCAGUGAGCGCUGGUGGUGGUGGUGGAGGUGCCUCUUUUCUGGCUACAUCGUGGGUUUCCAUGAAUCCGGAUUUUCAACAGAUGGUGCCGUUGGUUCGACAGACGGUGACCAAGUUAUAUGAAUACCGAGCGCAUUUGCAACAAAAGUGGGAGACUGGUCGAUCGCGACUAGAACAAAUCUAUCAGCUACGCAUCUUCGAUGAGGAUGCCGAACGAAUGGCUAACUGGCUCGGUCAGCAGAGACAUCUGUUUCUGACCGAAUAUCUGGAUAUUGGACAGAAUGCCUCACAUGCGGCUGAUUUGUUGGCUGAGCAUCGCCAGUUUGUCUCCAGUUGUACGAUCGCCUUCGAACAAGUGGCUCGUUUGAACGGAGUAGCUGGGAUUCUGGCCGACGUGGGACAUUUUGCCAGUCAACAGAUAUUAAAACAGGCUGGCCAAUUGGAACAUGAAUGGAAAUCGUUCGCAGCCGCAUUAGAGGAUCGAUCCCGUGUGCUGUGUCUGUCAGCCAGCUUUCACUCACGAGCCCAAUCGUUUUUGGCUAAUUGUCAGCAUCGAGAGACCGCCAUGCGACAGGUGAACGGGUCCACGGUGAACGAGUUGAAUCAGGCGUUGCUCACACUUCAGAACUAUUGGCAAGAAACGCAAUCCGCUCACGAAGAGGUUUGUGCCGACGGUCGUGCGCUAACUGAUCAUUUGAGCGCACCUGUUCCAACCGGCUCGCAUACAUCAUUGACCGCUGCAGUUGACUAUUCUUCUGGUCGAAAACAUUGUACCGAUCUUGUUCACGAAAUUUGGGCGUGGUACAAGCGUUUGGAGCGAGUCUAUACGGAGCGCAAAUCGCGUCUCACCUCCCGAUUGUCGUUACUCAUGUUCAAGGAGGAUGUAGGACAAGUGUUAGCCUGGCUGUCCGAGCACGGAGAACCGUUCUUACACCGCCAGACUGCUGUGGGCAAAUCGAUCCAACGAGCGGAGCAAUUAUAUAAUACGCAUAUGCAAUUCGAACAGGUGGCCGCCAAAACACUGACUAAUGCUGAAAAGUUAAUUUCCGUCACCGAAGAGCUGGCUGCACAAGCUGAUGACCCCGAGGAGAUACUUCAAGUAAGUCUGCUCGCCCAGUUGAAUUUUUCAAAUGUGUAUCGUUCCCGGUCCAAAUCUUUUCGAUCCAUUUCUGUUGUUAGGAGUUUAUUACGGCUUGUGUGA